AUGGCUCCUCUGAGUAAAGUUCUCUCUGGAAUCACUCUGUUAGCUUUGAGUCUCCCUUCAAUUGCUACUAGCUCUAGUAGUACUGAAGAUUCGACGACUCAAUGGCCACUUCAUAAUGAUGGGCUUAACAAAGUUGUGGAGUGGGACCAUUACAGCUUCCAGAUAGAGAACCAGCGAAUUUUUGUCUUCUCAGGUGAAUUCCACUACUGGCGAAUUCCAGUUCCAGGUCUCUGGAGAGAUAUUCUGGAGAAGAUCAAAGCCGCGGGUUUCACUGCGUUCUCAUUCUACUCUAACUGGGCAUACCACGCACCAAACAAUGAGACUUUGGAUUUCUCCACGGGCGCCCACGACAUUACACCAAUCUAUGAGCUCGCCGAGGAAAUUGGUCUCUAUAUCCUCGUUCGUCCAGGACCUUAUAUCAAUGCUGAAACCACUGCUGGUGGAUUUCCACUUUGGUUGACGACGGGAGAUUAUGGAAGUCUGCGAAACAAUGACACCCGGUACACCAAGGCCUGGACACCUUACAUGACUGAGAUGGCCAAGAUCACCAGCAAGUAUCAGGUAACCAAUGGACACAAUACAAUUGGAUACCAGAUUGAGAAUGAAUAUGGCGAUCAGUGGACUGAUGUUUCGGAGAAGACUCCUAACAAUACGGCUAUCGCGUAUAUGGAACUUCUGGAAGCGAAUGCCCGGGACAGUGGCAUCACAGUCCCCUUGACAGCCAAUGACCCAAAUAUGAAUUCUUGGUCCUGGGGAACUGAUUACAUAAAUGGAGAAGGAAAUGUUGAUAUUGCUGGAGUUGACUCCUACCCAUCCUGCUGGACUUGUGAUAUCAGUCAAUGUGACUCAACCAAUGGAGCCUACGUGGCAUAUCAGGUAGUUGACUACAUCGAUUAUUUCACAGACUACCAGCCCACUCUACCCGGAUUCAUGCCCGAAUUCCAAGGAGGUUCAUACAACCCCUGGGGCGGACCGGAAGGCGGUUGUCCCGAGGAUACGGGAGCCGACUUUGCCAAUUUAUUCUAUCGUUGGAAUAUCGGCCAGCGCGUCACAGCUAUGAGUCUUUACAUGAUUUUCGGUGGAACCAACUGGGGAGGUAUUGCUACCCCAGUCACAGCAACCAGCUAUGAUUACUCUGCGCCUAUUUCUGAGGAUCGUUCUAUUGGAUCAAAAGAUUUGACCAAGACUGAUCUCAUUGGUAAUGGAACUCAGUAUACUGAUAACUCGGAUGUGCGCGCGUAUGAGCUGCGAAACCCCGAUACCAAUGCCGGAUUCUAUGCUACUUUCCAUACCAACACAUCGACUUCCACAAACGAGGCUUUCCACCUGAAGGUUGACACCUCUGUUGGUAGCUUGACUAUUCCCCAGCAUGGAAGCGUGAUUCGUCUGAAUGGACACCAGUCCAAGAUCAUUGUCACAGACUUUACAUUCGGAUCUGAGAAGCUGCUCUACUCUACCGCCGAGGUUCUGACAUACGCAGUCUUUGAUAAUGUCCCCACUCUAGUGCUCUGGGUUCCUACUGGGGAGUCAGGAGAGUUCAAUGUGAAGGGUGCAAAGACGGGAUCAAUCAAGUCAUGCUCUGGAUGUUCAAAUGUGAAGUUUGUCAAGGAGAACGGAGGAUUGACUGCGACUUUCACACAAUCCUACGGGAUAAGCGUUUUGGAAAUCGACAGCAUCCGCGUGGUCCUUCUUGAUCGAACCUAUGCCUACACUUUCUGGGCCCCUGCUCUGACCACUGAUCCAUUUGUCCCUGAGACCGAGAGUGUCCUGGUCUCAGGACCCUACCUCGUCCGUAGCGCCAGUCAAUCCGGAUCAAAGCUUGCAGUGACCGGAGAUAUCGUCAACACUACUACUAUCAUCGAAAUCUUUGCCGAGGAGAAGGUCAAUUCCGUGACAUGGAAUGGCAAGAGUCUUAAGACUACCCGAACUGCAUACGGUAGUCUUAAGGGCUCUGUCUCCGCUCCUCAAGCUAUCAAAUUGCCGGCACUCACCUCAUGGAAGUAUAAGGACAGCUUACCCGAGCGAUUCGCUUCUUAUGACGACUCUGGUGCCGCAUGGGUUGCUGCGGAUCAUAUGACAACUCUGAACCCUCGCACCCCUACAUCUCUGCCAGUUCUGUAUGCCGAUGAAUAUGGUUUCCACAACGGUAUCCGUCUCUGGCGUGGAUACUUCAACGGCUCUGCCACAGCCGUGAGCCUCAACGUUCAAGGAGGAACAGCAUUCGGAUGGUCAGCCUGGCUAAACGGCGAGCUCCUCGGCUCCUUCUUCGGCGACGAUGUUUCAGAGCAAUACAACCUCACACUCUCCUUCAGCAAUGUAACCGUGAACAGCGAUACACCCAACGUUCUCCUGGUCGUCCACGAUGACACCGGACACGACGAGACAACCGGCGCACUGAAUCCGCGUGGAAUCCUCGACGUGAACCUCGAGGGAUCAUCAUCCGGAUUCACUCACUGGCGCCUCGCAGGUACAGCCGGUGGCGAAUCCAACCUCGAUCCCGUUCGUGGAACCUACAACGAAGAUGGAUUAUACGGUGAACGAGUUGGAUGGCAUUUACCCGGAUUCGACGCAUCCUCCUGGACGAGUGUUAAAGAUUCGGAUCUCAGCUUUGAAGGCGCUACUGUUCGAUUUUUCCGUACAACUGUCUCGUUGGAUCUUCCAUCUGAGCAUGAUGUCUCUAUUUCAUUUGUUCUGGGAGCUCCAUCCGGAUCACCGCUUACAUACCGUACACAGCUUUUCGUGAACGGAUACCAGUAUGGACGGUUUAAUCCUUAUAUUGGAAACCAGGUUGAGUUCCCUGUGCCCUUGGGUAUUCUGAACUACAAUGGUGAGAAUACGAUCGCUGUUGCUGUUUGGGCACAGUCGGAGGAGGGUGCUGGUAUCUCGGUUGAUUGGCAGGUGAACUACGUGGCUACAAGCUCGUUGGAUGUGAGUGAGAUUAAUGACGCGAGUCUGAGGCCAGUUUGGACAAAGGAGCGCCUCCAGUAUGCUUGA